GGGCGCUCAAAAAACGUCAAGCGCCUGAAAACCAGCAGUAAUCGUUACCAAAUCCACUGGGGAGAACAGGGCAAGGAGAUGAAGAGAGCUCCAUGAUCGCGUGAGCUUAUCAAAGGAGAAGAAGCCAUGGCGAUCUCAGGAGAUCUAAAGGCCUUCGGCACCUUCGCCUCUUCUUGUCCCAAGCACCCCUUGCGACCUGCCCUCUCCUCCUCAAAGGUACAGCUUGGUAGAUUUCUUAAUGGAGUAUCUAAGGAUCUUAGGAUCACACCUAAAUGGCCAUAUCUGGUACCCCGGACUUCUGGUACAGCUCAAAACAAUCACCAGUGCUUUGGGAUUGAAAGAAGCAAACUCUCGUCAGCAACCAUUAAUCAAGAUGCUGAAGGAUUUUUUCUUAAUGCUAUUAACAUGAACUUCUUUGAUCGUUUGAGCUUGGCAUGGAGGAUUCUUUUUCCCACCAGAACUGCAAGAAGAAAUUCCAAUGCAAGGAUCGCUAAGCAGAGGCUUAAGAUGAUCUUAUUCUCUGAUAGAUGUGCAGUGAGUGAUGAAGCAAGGCAAAAGAUUGUUCGCAACAUCAUCGAAGUCUUCUCUGAAUUUGUUGAGAUAGAUUCUCAGGAUAAAGUCCAACUUAAUGUCUCAACAGAUCCAGACCUUGGUAUGGCAUACUCUGUGACUGUCCCUGUCCGACGUGUGAAACCCGAAUACCAAGAUUCCGAGGAGGAUUACAAGGGGAAAAUAACAGGCAUCACAUACAAAGACACAGGAGAGCCAUCCGAUACUGUUGAUGUCACGUUUGAUUUCUUCAUUCCCAAUGAGAAAUAAUUAAGGUUUUCUUCAUUUAUUUCUUUCCCUUUUUGCAUGCAGAAAGAAAAUUUCUUCAUGCUUGGGGGUAUUGUUCUUCAUGUUUAGCUGCAGAAAUUUUCCUGUAAGCUUUUGAACUCUUUUGGAACCCACGGGCUCUGUAUAUAUUUGAAAUUUGUGAAACGACUGCAGGAUUUAUUUGGAUGCUUGCAAUCAUUCCUCUUUUGAUGUAAAUGUUCGGCAGACGCUGCGAUGCCAGGCAACAUUUGAAUGUCUUA